UUGCCUCAACCUGUAUAACUGCCGUCUCCUUUUCAGGCCUGGAAGCCAGUCGAGGUAGCAGUGCAUCAAUAUGAGGGGAAGUCCACGUCUCUUGUUGUUUGCGAUAAACCUUCUUACUGAGUACGGGUCUGGAAAUGCACUCGAAAGCACUACUAUCCGUGAACGGGAAAAUAUUGGAGGCAAAUUGGAGGAAAUUUUGAUAGUUCUGAGGACAGCAACGCUAGAACAUGCGAAACAAAUCGCGCAACUUAAGUCUGAAAACGAGCACUUGCGGAAUGACAAGGAAAGCCUCAGGGACGACUACAAGAAAUUGAGGAAUGACUUCGAGAACAUGAGAAAAGAGCACGAAAGCCUCAAGUCUAGCUUGGAGGAACAUUUCCGAGAAAGGGACGAACUUAAACUUCAACUGAACACCACGGAAGGAAGACUCCAAUAUCUGGAGGCAAUUACUCGGCAAAUAAGUGAGUGAGGACUUGAUGAACCCUUAGAUCAGAAUUGUUGACGAACGUGAAAUAUAAAAAAUAUAUUUUAGUUGCACCAACGG